CUGGCUGAAGCUUGUGACUGAGAAAGUGCCUCCGAGAACUACAGGACUGUCAGCCAAUAGGAUUGCCGGGUGGGCGGAGCGUUUGAGGAUAAGAGGUCAACUGGUGGAAGGUUCGGCAGAGACCCUGAGGCUGCAGACAGAAUGGUUCCUCCGUGGUCACUCCUGCUGCUGGUUGCCUUGGCCGCUGCUCUACAAUGCCCUGAUGGGACCACGUGUGGUGAGGAAACUCUGUGCUGUGAGCUGCCCAAUGGGAAAGGCUAUGGGUGCUGUCCAGAGAAUGAGGUCAUGUCUCAUUCCCUCCCAAUGAUUACUUCUGGGGUUUUGUGCUCUGCGGAUAAGGGUUGUCCUGAGGAAUAUUCCUGUGUUGGCACACCACAGGGAGGAUCUGCCUGCUGUCCUUUUACCCAGGGAACAUCUUGCCAGGAUGGACAUCACUGCUGUCCCUCAGGCAGCCAUUGCUCUGAAGAUGGUCAUUCUUGUUUCCCAGCUUCAAACGUAUCAGCCAUCGUCUGCCCUGAUGGAAGCUCAGAGUGUCCAAAUGAUGCAACCUGUUGUCAGAUGGCCGACCAAAGCUGGGGCUGCUGUCCUAUCCCACAGGCAACAUGCUGUAAUGACCACCUCCACUGCUGCCCACAUGCCUCUGUGUGUGACUUGGAACAUGGCAAAUGUGUCUCUGAGAAUGGCGAGGUUCCUCUUUCUAAGAAGGUUCCGGCUAGGGUGAAGCUGUUCCGUGCCAUCCUAUUUGACUUUACAGAAAUUGUCCAAAAAGUCACUUGUCCUGACAGAUCCUCUUGUCCUGAUGGAACUACCUGCUGUCCAACUGUGGACAAACGUUAUGGGUGCUGCCCCUUCUUGUCCGCGGUCUGCUGUGAUGACUUCACCCACUGCUGUCCUUCUGGGACCACUUGUGAUGUCUCUCAUAAGAAGUGUGUGAAUGCCAACUUUGAGAUUCCAAUGUACAGCAAGAUCCCAGCUUUAUAUGAGGAAGCUGAUGUUAAAUGUGACGAUACAGCCUCCUGCCCUGGCACUGCCACCUGCUGCCGUUUGCCCUCUGGAGAGUGGGGUUGUUGUCCCUAUGAAAAGGCUGUGUGCUGUGAUGACCAUCAGCACUGCUGUCCCAAUGGAUUCACCUGUGUUGAGGGCGAUUGUCAGCAGGAGGCGCUUUCUGUCCCUUGGUCUGAGAAGAUUCCAGCUGUAAAGCAGAAGACCACUGUGAAAUGUGACGAUACAGCCUCCUGCCCUGGCACUGCCACCUGCUGCCGCUUGCCCUCUGGAGAAUGGGGAUGUUGUCCCUAUGAAAAAGCUGUGUGCUGUGAUGACCAUGAGCACUGCUGUCCCAAUGGAUUCACCUGUGUUCAGGGCGAUUGUCAGCAGGAGGCGCUUUCUGUCCCUUGGUCUGAGAAGAUUCCAGCUUUAAAGCAGAAGAGUAAUGAUGUCCAAUGUGAUGAUGAAACUUCUUGCCCUGAUAAGAAUACCUGCUGCCGACUUCCGUCUGGAGAAUGGGGUUGCUGCCCUCAUGAGCAGGCCGUGUGUUGUACCGACCACCUUCACUGUUGUCCUUCUGGCUACACCUGUGAUGUGGAAGCUGGCAGUUGCAAUAAACCAUCUGGUGCUCUCAAAAAGGCUACCCCAGUCCAACCACUGGGCUACGUAUGGUGUGACUCAUCUCAUGCCUGCUAUGAUGGUCAGACUUGUUGUCUAGGGAUUGGAGGAAUCUGGACAUGCUGCCCUUAUACUCAAGGUGUGUGCUGUCCUGAUAGAGUGCACUGCUGUCCUUAUGGCCAUGUGUGUCUGAACCAAGGAGCACAGUGUAGUCGUAGUGGAAGUCUGCAAUGGAAUCUGCCAUGGGAAGAGCUGAAGCCUCGUCUGUGAGAAACCAGAUGUGUAAAUCCUCUGUAUCAUUGCACAAAGUCAUAUAAUCAACUGUGGAGGACACUGGAAUAAAUUUUCUAUUUAAACCUA